AUGGAAACUUCUAGUUCUGCGUGUACUGACUGUGGAAAAAAGAAGCCUAUUAGCGAAUUUACAAGAAUCAGAACAACUGGCAAAAUGAAACAAUUUCGAACAUGUAAUAGCUGCUAUAUUAGAAAAUCUAAACCUCCAAAAAAUACCAAAAAAAGACAGUUAGAAAUUAAUGAAAAUGAAGACCAAGAUAAUGAAGGUCAAGAAACUGAAAAUGAUGAAAAUGAAGACCAAGAAAACAAUGAUCUAGAAAUAAUAGAUCCAACAAACCUUUAUGAUCAUUUCACACAGCUUUUAAAUACAUAUUUGAUGCAACCUAACGACGAUUCAGGAAAUGUGUUGCCAUUCCAAUUUCAAUGUGGGAUAGACAUAUCAACAUUUGAUGGGUCAGAAAAGGAAGUUGUAAAUGAAUUGGUUGAAUUAAUUGAAGGUGUGGACGAAUUCUCAUGGAUAGCCGUAAUGUCUCGAUUAGCAAGUAAUAAAGAAACUAGAAGCUCUACGUUCAAUCCAUUAUCCGAAUUUGGAACUCGGUUCCCAUUCGAAGAAUCAACUAAAGAGCAUAAAGAAUUCCAUAUUGAGCUUGUCUGGGACCUUAUCAAAUUUGCAAAUAAUACUGAUAGUGUUUAA